CUCACCAACCGUUUGAUGACGAGCACAGGAGCGGAACCCCAGGUGGCAGUCCUUUGCGAGUCGGGCGCCACCUACCACCCGCAGUACAUGUCGGCGGCGGGCCGCUGGACGCCCGAUCUCACUACCAAGCCGCAUAACUGCCUCAAGGACAAGAUGGAGAUCCUCGACUAUUGCAAGAAGGUUUACCCAAGUCAUGACAUCACCAACAUCGUCGAAGCUUCCCACUACGUGAAGGUCAGCAACUGGUGCAAACUGGGCUCCAACAAUGCUGCCAAGUGCAAGGUCACCCGAUGGGUUAAGCCCUUCCGCUGUCUUGAAGGUCCAUUCCAAUCAGACGCAUUGCUGGUCCCGGAGAGCUGUCUGUUCGACCACAUCCACAAUCAGAGUCGCUGCUGGCAGUUCUCGCGGUGGAACGCCACCGCCGGGCAUGCGUGUGCGCAACGCGGCUUGCGUCUACGUACCUUCGCGAUGCUGCUGCCUUGUGGAAUCAGCCUGUUUUCUGGAGUCGAGUUUGUCUGCUGCCCCAAGCAUUUUAAGGAGAACGUCAAGAUGCACAAACCCAUGGACGUCGGCGUGCCCGUCAGCCCUGGCGGAGAAGAGAUGCUAGCAGCUUCAGCGGCGAUGGACGAACGCGAUGACGACCUGCUCGACGAUGAUGAUGCUUUGGACGAUGACGACGACGAUGAUACCCUCAACUUGAGCGAUGAUGAUGACGAUGACGACGCUGACGAUGAUAUGGAUGAGGAUGAAGACGCAGAUCUCUCCCGAGAUGACGAUACUGAAGAUGAUGAUUAUACCGACGGCGAUGACACCAACUGGCCGCGACCGGAGUCUUCGGCUGCUCCCUCCACCACCACUUCUAGCACCACUACUACUUCCACUACCACUACUACGGCUUCGACUGCAACUUCCGAUCCGUACUUCUCGCAUUUUGAUCCUCGUACCGAGCAUCAGAGCUACAAGGACGCACAGCAGCGCCUCGAGGAGACCCACCGCGAAAAGAUUACGAAGGUGAUGAAGGAGUGGUCGGAGUUGGAAGACCGUUACCAGCAGAUGAUGUCGUCUGACCCGACCUCGGCGCAGACCUUCCGCCAACGCAUGACUGCUAAGUUCCAGGCCAACAUUCAGUCUCUGGAGGAAGAAGGCGUUGCCGAGCGCCGGCGCCUGGCCGCCCUGCAUCAGCAACGUGUUCUCGCGCACUUGGCCCAACGCCGCCGUACAGCUCUUGCCUGCUACACGCGCUCUCUGCGAGACACGCCGCCCAAUGCCCACCGCGUCCAGAAAUGCCUGCAACGUCUGGUCCGCGCCCUUGCUGCUGAACGCAGUGGCGCUCUAGCCGCAUGGCGCCGCGCUGCUGCCGCUGGAAGGGAGGCUGCUGCAGCUGAACGCGCCAGUGCUGCCGACCGAUUGCAGGAUGCAGACCGCGCUCUCCAGCGAGCCCUGACCGCUCUCCGCCGCCGCCCGCACCUUUAUGCUAGCAUUGGUACCGCCAUCGAGGACUACGUUCAGUCCAUGCAAUCCAAGGACGAUAUGGCAGUGUCCUUGAUGUCAAUGACCCCUGAAGCCGAGGAGUUGCUGCUGGACCGCAUCGAGUCUGAAGUUCAGAGGGAACAGGCUGCUCGGGAUCAGCUCAAUGCCAAGAGGGAUCAGCGCACUCGCCAGCGUCAGGACAUUCAGAAUGAACGGGCUAAGACUUCUAACAACCUCAAAGAGUCCGAAGAAUCUGACGACGAGGCCAGCGAAGUCCUGGAUGACGAGACCACCGCCGCCCCGACCACCCACAAUCCCCCUUCAUCGCCUUCCGCCUCCCCCUCGGCCAUGCCUUCCUCCGUCUCUGCCCGGGAUGCUACCACUCGCGCUUAUAUCAUGGAAACCACUACCACUGAGGUGAUAACAAGUACGGUGACUGAGGCUCCGGAAAGCGAGACUGCUGACACUGGCUUUGUGGGAGAGACCUCUAGCCGCCGAUCCACCGAGGCCGAGAGCGAGGUCCUUAAGGCGCACCUGGUCCGCGAAGAACUGGCUCCGGCGCAACCCGCGCUUGUUAUGAAGCACGAAAUCCAACACACGCAGCCUCACUUUUUCAAGGUGUACACCCUGCGGUCGGCGCCGCGCUGGCUGCCGCCGCCUGCGUCGCGCUCGCCGUGGCGCGCCGCCGCGACCGCGCCCCCGCCGCGCAGGGCUUCGUGCAGGUGGAGCAAACCGGCGCCGUGGCCCCCACUCCUGAAGAGCGACACGUGGCCAACAUGCAGAUCAACGGCUACGAGAACCCGACCUACAAGUACUUCGAGGUCAAGGAGUAAAUCCCUCCCCUCUCCCACCACCCCUGCCCACCCCUCCAACCUCUGUGAACAGUAAUCGAUGGUUAGAAUAACGGAUUAAUGUGAUGUUUAUCCAUUUCCUUUCUUUAUGAAUAUCCGUUUUCUGUGAAACAUGAUAUCUGUUAGUAUAAGAAUCCAUAAACAUGAACCAAGUCAAACUGACACUCAACCUUAACGACAUCUGUUGAUAUAUAGUGGCAACUCGCAUAACUUUUACAAGUAGAUGGCGUUGAACGAUACGUAAGGAUCCUUAAAAUGGUGUCGAUAUUAUUAUUAUAUUGCAGACUGGGGGUAAGAGUCGCACCACUUAGGGUAUCCAAUAUCUUAUAUUUUUCACGUCAUUCGAAAUGUUUCAAAUUUCAGAAAUCGUGUUUUAAGGGAUAUACAACGUAUUCAUGAAGAAAGGGACAUUUUUCGAACUCUAUGUGAUGUGUGUUAGAUGAUGCCCCGUAGUAAACAGGGUGUUUUUGUACCCCACACCUUAAAUGUAUCUAUUGUCCUCUGAUAAUUCUUUAUGAUAUGAAUGUGUGUGACUCUGUAGUCGUAUCUAUCUUGUGGAUUACAGCACAGGGCCGGUGGGAGGAAGCGUUCUACGUCAUUUACAAUUAUUUAUUUUCAAAAGCUUGUGUGAUUAGUGAAUAUGAUAUUACUUUGUUCGCGAUUGUUUCGCAUUCAGUCAAACAAUACAUUGUCUAAGAUUUAUAGGUGAUACGGUUUUCUUUUUUUGUUAUUAUUUUGCACCAAACAUUUAUUAUUAUUUGUUUAAGGUUAGGCAUAAGUUUUUGUCUAGUGUCUUAGAAAUCAUAAGUGUCAUCUUGUAGUCGAGUUUUAAUUAAGUUUUCGAUGCCGCAGCUCUAGCGAUAAUGUCGAAUGGACACCACCAUUAGUCUAAUAACUUCGAGGCAUUUUCUUCUUAAGACAUUUCAAUGAUGAUCUCAGUUUUUAAGUACUUGUAUCAUUUAGUUGUAUUUCCUUCGCGGUGGUCCAUUAAACAUUAUCCCUUUGGGCAGUGGAAUAUACGUCCAUCGUGCGCUGUGUAUAUAGGCUCCGCGUACAAAUUUGAACCUAUAAUACUUACUCUAAAACCAGCUUUCCUUUACUUUUCUAUUGUAGGUAGAACAUAACGUGAAUUUUAUGUAAUAAAAUGCGGAAAUAUAUUUUAAUAAUUAAUGUGAAUUAGCGAAGGGACGGGCGGCAUAGCCGGCGCGGGUGAACGCUUACAAUCCACUAGUGCAUACUCUUCUAGUCUAUAAAGUGCUAUCUAUUCCUGUAUCUCCUGUUUAUUAAUCUAAAAUUAUUUAUUUAUCCUUAAUUAUGAUCGUAUGUUAUGUCCCUGAUAGCAAACAAAGUGAUCUGUCUCUUUCACUCUUUUAGAAAUUCUAUCAAUCCGUUCGCCCGCGGGACAAUACUCUUGGUUCCCCAUGUGAAAGAGCGCCGUGUACUCAACGUGUGUUAUCUAAAUUUUAACACUUUUGAUAAAAAAUAUUUUAUAGGUGUAGACCUUAAACCAGGCCCUGCCUGAUGAGUGAGGUGCGAUGAGGCUUAUUCAUCAAAUAGAUAACUUCAUUUAAUAGCAUAACUUCUCGUGCAAGUAAUUAAUACGUAAGUUCGUAUUCUCACACCACACAAUAAUCGGAUCGUUUUAGGAGAUACGUCUAUAAAAAUAAUUUUGCGAAAUAACGUUUUAUUUAUCUAGUCAAAACUUGAGGCAUCCUGUAACUUCGGGCCAACGGUUGUGCACACACCUUGGGUACGCGGUAAAGGCGACGAGAAGGUAAGCUUAGUGAGUGUAUGUACGGUUAUUAUAUAAGUAGAUGUACAAAAAGUAAUACAUUAUAUAGAUGUUUUAGCGUCAGAUACAUAGAUAUAAAGCAAAAUAUUAUUAUAUAUCGCAUUCGUCCGUAAAUUAAGGGCUUACGCUCGUGUCUAAUCCCACGUACCACCUUAAUGUUACGCCGUAGUUAAGAUGCAAUUCUGCCUCAGUAUUAUAUACUUAAGCUUAUUUGUUACAUAAGCUAAUUUAUAUACACUUAUUCUAUUUGUUUACGGGCGUAGUGGCGUUGCUACGUAAAGGAAGUCAUAUCAGAUGCGUCACGGCGCUCUUUAUUGCGUCUCUUUUGUUUAGAUGCCUAAGCAGGUGGAAAUUGGAUUUCACUAGCAAUUUGGUAGAAGGUGAAACAGAUUUAACUUUCACAAAAUUUUCACACAUCAUUUGAUGAUGAUUCGGGACUUAAUCGAGUAUAAAAACAUAUUAUAUUUGCCUCGACGUUUCGGACGUGUUGCAACGUCUACAGUCUCGAAUUGACUCGGGCGUGUUACAACGUCCAUGGUCUCGAAGGAACUCGGGCUUGUUACAACGUCCAUGACCUCGAAGGGACUCGGACUUGUUGCAACGUCCAAGGUCUCGAAGGGACUCGGUCGUGUUGCAACGGACGUGUUGAAGGGACUGUCCAUUCCUUUCGAGAUCAUGGACGUUGGAACACGUCCGAAAACUCGAGGUAAAUAAAAUAUGUUGUUAUACACGAUUAAGUUCCGAAUUUAAAAUCAAAUAAGGUGAAACAGUUGCGUGAUAAGUAACGAUAUUCAUGGAUAGUAACAUUGUCACCAACUUUCUACUUACGCAGUUUCUAGCGAGGGUCAAUCCCAAUAAAAGAGGCGUAUGUAGGCGCCCGCCCGUGGCUUUCGUACGGCAUUUACGUAAGAUAAUCACUGUAACUGUGUAACGUAAGUUUAAUCCUGCAUCAAGUAACCGCUGUGUAUUUUUACUAUGACUUAUAACAAGCCGACCAUUUAUUUUUUUAAACUUUUUGCUCAAAAUCAGGCUCCAUCUCGUCGGUUCGAUCUAUAAACUUGUUAGUCUUUUAUGACAAUCGAUGUUUGUAGCAAUACCCUGGUUUCUGUACCCUUUCCCGAUCACUAUAUUCACGUAAUUUAUAAUAAGUCUAAUAACAUAAUAAAUGGUUUGAUGAUUUUUGUGUUUACUGUGCUG